AUGGAUACCGUCAUUGAUACUAACAGCGACGUGACUAACGCGAGCAGAAGCAGUCGAGGCAGAAGCGGUCGGAGUCGGAGCCUCAGGGGAGCCAGCGCCGGCGAUAGCGGUAGUUUUCGGCUGAUAAGCAUAGGGAGCGGAAAUUCAUCCGAGGAUUUGACAUUAUCACCAGGAAGCGAGACAAGAGCAGUCUCUACGGGUUCGGUGCCUAGAACGGGAGGUGCGGUCGCGUUAGGAGCGGCGAGGCUGAUUCGUCAGGCGAGCAGCCAGCGGUUGAUGCGGCAGCAGUCCAUACGGGUUCGCGAUACGGCGUCGGAAGAGCUGGAAGAGCGUCAGAGCAACUGGGCCUAUUCCCGUCCCAUCGUCCUCCUCGACACGCUCUGGAACCUCAUCUUCGUGCUCGUCGCCAUCGCAACGCUCUCCGUGAGCCGCAACCACAAGGAGGAGCCGGCCGCUCCGCUCGGCGUGUGGCUCAUGGGGUACUCGGCGCAGUGCAUCAUUCAUAUUGUCUGCGUGCUCGUGGAGUUCGACCGCCGGCAGCAAAGCCCAGACGAGCGCAGGAGCGACCGGAGUCGGGUGAGGAGGAGCGGCGGAGCGAGCAGGAGCAGCAGACGAGGGCUGCGCGGGUUGCGGAGCGCGAGCGGAGGAGGAGGAGGAAGGGGAGGAAGGGGAGGAGGAGCAGGAGGUGCAGUGGGGAGUGGGAGUUCGGAUAUUCGAGAGGGGUUGUUGCAAAGAGGGAGCGAUGACGAGGAGGAGGAAGCGGAGGGGAGUACGGGGGAGCAGCUGAUGGAAGAUGAUCGGAUUGACAGCAUCGCGAAGCAAAUCGAGUCGGCGAACACCGUCUUCUCGUUCCUCUGGUGGUCCGUGGGGUUCGCGUGGAUCAUCUCCACCUUCGACGACACCUUCGAAGACGCGCCCAUUCUCUCCUGGGUGUGCAUGUCGUUUCUGGCGUUCGACGUGUUCUUCGUCAUCUUCUGCAUCGCCCUCGCGUGUCUGGUGGGCAUCGCCGUGUGCUGCUGCCUGCCCUGCAUCAUCGCCGUGCUCUACGCAAUGGGCGAACAGGAAGGUGCCACAAACGAGCAGAUCCAGUCCCUCCCGCAGUUCAAGUUCCGCCGACGCGGCUCUCCCCCAAGCAGCAGCCGCCCGCUCUCCGCGGCCUCCGCCCUCUCCGCGAUCACCGAGGCGCUAGGCGUUGCAACCAGCAGCAGCAGCAGCAGUAGUGGGCUCAAUAGUAGCAGUGUGCCGAAGGGUAGCAGCUGUGAUGAUGGAAACAGCAGCGGUGGUACGGGGGAAACCAGUGGGAAGGAAACGGUUAGUGCGGGUGCCGAGUCGAAGGAGGAGGUUCGGGUGACAAUAGAUGAGCCGGCAGGGGGGGUCAUGACGCAAGUGGGAGGGUCGAGCCAGCCGCCGCGGGAGAGAGAAGUUGCAGACGAUGAUGCGGAGUGCUGCAUCUGCCUGGGGCCAUACGAGGACGCGGUGCUGCUGAGGGAGCUGCCCUGCUCGCACCACUUCCACUCCGCCUGUGUUGACAAGUGGUUGCGCACCCGCCCCACCUGCCCCCUCUGCAAAUUCGACAUCACUGCCCCACCCGCCGCUGCUCCUAACAGCAGCGGGAGCAGCGCUGAUGCUGAGCCUGCAAUCGUCGUUUUCGCGCGACAGUCGCGAGGCAUGUCUACGAGCGGGAGGAAGGAAGCGCACCGAUGGGCCGUCGACCUGGCAGACGCGUCUUCAGGGAUCUCGAAGGACGUUCCCGAUCCGCCUGGGUUCAACCGAAACGCGGCAGAGCUGGUGUCCAGCAGCAACGGAUCUAAGGCUCUGGCACAAAAAGAUAAGGUCCUUGACCCGGCAAAGAAGCAGGAGCGUGCAUGGGCUCUAGCCCAGUCUCCCACCAAGAAUCUUCUAAUGAUGGGAUUCAUGCUCUGGAUGGCUGGUAGCACUGUGCACCUUUUCAGCAUCGGAAUCACUUUCUCCAUUCUCUGGCAACCGAUUGCAGCGUUAAGGACCAUCAAUGCUGCGUUUGAGCCGUUCAAGGACCCCAAGGUGGACGUGGUGCUGCCAAAGAUGAUGUAUGCUGCAGUCAACCUCUUUCUCCUCUCCAUCGGCCUCUGGAAGUUGAAUGGCUUGGGUUUGCUUCCGACGCGUCCUGCUGACUGGAUUUCGUCGCUCCCUCCCAGAAUAGUGCCAGAGUUUUCAGCCGAUGCUGACCUGGAUGGGGGUAACAUGCGCCACAUCGGAUCAAUAUCCAAUCCCUGCCUCACAAAACGGCCAUUUCUGCAGCGGGCCUAUCAGGAGCCGCCACCUGUCUCGGGCACUCCCAUUGGCCAGCACCGGUUUGUCAUGGCGGGUGGUUACCGCAUCGGUGCUAACCAGUUUGCGGCUGUGGGUCACUCGCUGCGUGAGCUGAAGGAAGAGGGAGGAAGCGGGGCGAGCAAAUGCUACUGGAUAGCACUGGAUGGGGGGUACGCAGAGGGCAAAGUGAGGGUAAUUUACCCUGCGGAGCACCACUGGCUGGUAUACGAGACUGCCAUUUACGAGUGUACUCUGCUGGUCAACAGUACGGGCACCACUGGAGGAUCUGCAAUUCUCGUGCUAGACGAGCAGGCAGAGGUGAUGCACGAGGAGGGGCAGGACGAGUUUCCCAUCGAUGCCCCUCCCCCCUACCACCUGGCCUUCUGCUCCUACCCCAUGUACCGAAACCUCAACCCCAAGACCAUUCAAGAAUGGUUACAGAUAGCCCUGCACUACCUAGGCGUGGAGUACUUUGUUUUCAACGACGGUGCUUCUGUCGUGGAAGACGUUUACGAGGUCCUUGAGCCUUACAUGGCAGCGGGGAUGAUGGAGAUAUUGGACAUGCGCGGAGGGUACAAAUAUGAGUCCAAGCAGAACGUGCUUGUAUUGAAUAACUGCCUCUACCGGAUGAAAUAUGUGUCCAAGUGGGUGUUUUUUGCCGACUUUGACGAGUUUCUCCACAUCCAGCCGCCCCAGACCCUUAAGGGGUUGCUACAGGAACACUCUAACACGCCCUACAUCACCUUUGCCAGCCUCUGGUGGUCCAUCGAACGCUGCCGCCCUCAGCCCCCAUCGGAGCACUUUUAUCUAGAGCGAAUGCCGUUCCACUGGCCACACAUCUACUGCAUAGGGCCCAAGAAUGCAGGUCAUGUGGAGGAUAAGUGCAUCAAUUACUUUGGGCAUCGGAAAGUUAUCGCCAACACAAAACUCGUCAAGGCCAUGCAGGUGCAUCGUACAAUAGAGCCAGUGGAUAAUGGAAUAGACUUCUCUGCGUCGUCUGGCCAUUUACUGAACCAUUUCCAG